AGAUGAACAGUAGAUAAGAACUAGACAGCGAGGCUGCAUACGUUUCACCCAAGGAAGAGACAAAGGAAGGAUGACAUGGUAAUAGAUGUCAUUCUGAUCGCCCCCAAUUAAUCUCUCUCACAUCCAUAUUAAUCUCUCCCAAGUCCCAUCCUGCUAAUCUUCUUCCAACUAGUAGUACUGAAUACUAGUUACACAUCAGCACAUUUACAGGGGCACACAUAUUAAGAACCCAAGCGAUGGCUUAUUACGGAAUAGCAAUGCUGCUGCCAGUGCCUAAAUCUUCUUCCUUGUUUCUCACUCCACAAAAUUCCAUGGCUCCCGAUUUCUCCGCCGCCCCCGCUCGUUCCGCCACCGACUCUCGCCGUCGUGACCUUGUUUUCGUCGUCAACCCUAAAGGAGCUAAUGGCCGGACAGGUAAAGAUUGGAAGAAUUUGCUUCCAUAUUUGAGGUCUCGCCUCGGUAAUGACUGUAAUAUAUCCGAAUCUUUCACUUCAGGACCUUGCCAUGCUAUUGACAUAACAAGAGAGGCUAUACGACAAGGAGCUGAUGCGGUGAUUGCAGUUGGAGGUGAUGGAACUCUUCACGAGGUUACUAAUGGGUUCUUCUGGGGCGGAAAACCCGUUCCUUGUGAAGACCCAGAAGUUUCUCAUACAACUGCGCUUGGUUUGAUUCCAUUGGGAACUGGUUCUGACUUUGCAAGGACGCUAAAUUGGAAAAACAAUCCUGAGGAUGCAAUUGAACGCAUAGCAAAAGGACAAAGGUCUCGGAUUGACAUUGGAGUUAUCAGGGGAGAAGAUGGUGAAUAUCACUAUUUCAAUAAUGUUGCAGACAUCCAUUUGACUGCGAAAGCAGGUUAUUAUGCAUCCAAGUACAAAAGAUUUGGGAACCUAUGUUAUGUUAUUGGUGCAUUGCAAGCCUUUUUUGGGCAUCAGAACCAGGAUCUUAAGAUUAAGGUCAAUGAGGGUGAGUGGGAAGUAUAUUCUCAAGUUACAGCUUUGUGUAUCGGAAAUGCUAAAUUCUUUGGCGGUGGAAUGAAGAUCACUCCUAAUGCUGACCCAAGAAGCGGAAAUUUUGAGGUUGUGACUCUUCAGGACUUCAAAUGGUAUCACUUCAUCCGUUAUUUGCACAGGUUGUAUAAUGGUACACAUUUAUCAGUAAAGAAUGUGUCUUCAGUAAGUGCACAGACUUUGGAAAUAGAGGAGGUCUCUGGUAACAGCAACAUAUAUGUUCAGUCGGAUGGAGAGUUCUUAGGGUUCCUUCCUCGGAAGUUUUGUAUAUUACCUGCAUCUAUCGAGAUGAUUAUCUAAAAAAAGAGCCUCAUACACCUUUUUUUUUCUUUUUUCAUUCUAGACUUGGUAACUUAGAUGUUUAGAUGUUGAUGUAAUUUAAUGUUUUGUUUCGUGGUUCUGGGUU